AUGAAACAUAAAGAGGAUAUGUGUAUAAACCACUCUGUGGAAGUAAUUGAUCAAAUGGUAACUAGCACAAUGCAAAGAAAUUUUCCGGAAUUACCGUUGGAAAGAGUUCUUAGAUCUGGAACAAAUUGUCCUGCUAUUAUCAGUUCUGAGCUAAAUGCAAUAGAUGAGGAAAAGUUGAUACAGCAGAAACCAGUAGUACAACCACAAAGAAGGUUAAACCCAGCAAUGAAAGAAGUGGUAAGGAAAGAGGUUGUAAAGUUGUUGGAUUCGGGAAUGAUUUACCCCAUUUCUGACAGCUCGUGGGUAAGUCCUGUGCAUGUGGUACCAAAGAAAGGAGGAACCACAGUAAUUUUAAAUGAAAAGAAUGAACUGAUCCCAACUCGCACAGUGACAGGGUGGCGAGUAUGCAUCGAUUACAGAAGACUGAACACUGCAACAAGAAAGGAUCAUUUUCCUCUCCCUUUUAUUGAUCAAAUGUUAGAAAGACUUGCAGGUCAUGAGUAUUAUUGCUUUCUAGAUGGAUAUUCGGGAUACAAUCAAAUUGCUGUAGCCCCGGAAGAUCAGGAAAAAACUGCAUUUACAUGUCCUUAUGGUAUUUUCGCUUACAGACGGAUGCCAUUUGGGCUAUGCAAUGCCCCAGCUACUUUUCAGAGGUGUAUGGCAUCUAUAUUCUCCGACAUGCUUGAAAAGUAUAUGGAGGUGUUUAUGGAUGAUUUCUCUGUGUUUGGUUCUUCUUUUGAUAAUUGUUUAGCUAACUUGUCUCUUGUUUUGCAAAGAUGUCAGGAAACUAACCUUAUUCUCAAUUGGGAGAAAUGUCAUUUCAUGGUGCAGGAAGGAAUUGUGCUAGGACACAAAAUUUCCCACAAAGGAAUUGAAGUGGACAAAGCCAAAGUGGAGGUGAUAGCUAACCUCCCACCUCCGGUGAAUGAAAAAGGGAUAAGGAGUUUUUUGGGUCAUGCAGGUUUUUAUCGCAGGUUUAUCAGAGACUUCUCAAAAGUUGCCAAACCAUUGACUGAUUUGCUAGUCAAGGACAAGCAAUUUAAUUUUGAUAAAAACUGCAUGGUAGCUUUCGAAACUUUAAAGAGUAAGUUGACCAGUGCACCUGUUGUAAUCGCCCCCGAUUGGUCCUUGCCUUUCGAAAUAAUGUGUGAUGCAAGUGACCUUGCUGUGGGGGCUGUCCUAGGACAGAGAAAGGACAAAUUAUUGCAUGUGAUUUAUUAUGCUAGUCAUGUCCUUAACCCGACCCAAAUGAAUUAUGCAACUACCGAAAAGGAGUUGUUGGUCGUGGUUUAUGCUUUUGACAAAUUUAGAUCAUAUUUGCUUGGUUCAAAAGUCAUUGUGUAUACUGAUCAUGCUGCUUUAAAGUAUUUGUUUGCUAAGCAGGAAUCAAAGCCGAGACUUUUGAGAUGGAUCCUCCUCCUUCAGGAGUUUGAUUUGGAAAUCAAAGACAAAAAGGGGUGCGAGAACAUGGUUGCAGACCACUUAUCUCGCAUGUCCCCAAUCAAAGAAACUGAGGAAGAACAUCCUAUUCAGGACACAUUCGCUGAUGAGCAAAUACUUGCUGUUCAGGAGAUACCAUGGUUUGCUGACUAUGUGAACUAUGUGGUAGGUGGGGUUAUACCUGAUGACUUUAAUUCUCACCAAAAGAAAAAGUUUCUUUAUGAUUGCAGGUUAUACCUAUGGGAUGAUCCAUUUCUCUAUAAAAAGGGAGUGGAUGGUUUGAUCAGAAGAUGUGUUCUAGAAAGAGAGCAAACGAGUGGGCAAGUGGAAGUAUCCAACCGUCAAAUAAAGCAGAUCUUAGAAAAGACGGUAAGUGCUUCUCGGAAAGAUUGGUCAGUAAAGCUGGAUGAUGCAUUGUGGGCAUACAGGACUGCAUUUAAAACACCAAUAGGUAUGUCCCCCUAUCAACUAGUUUACGGUAAGGCUUGUCAUUUACCACUCGAACUCGAGCACAGAGCCUUAUGGGCCUCCAAGUUCCUUAACUGUGAUCUUUUCAAAGCUGGUGACUCCCGAAUUCUUCAACUUCAUGAGUUGGAAGAGUUCAAGAAUCAAGCUUACGAAAAUGCCAAAAUUUACAAAGAACAAACAAAAAAAUGGCAUGAUCAAAAGAUCCAGAAGAGGGAAUUUCGGGAGGGACAACUCGUACUAUUGUUUAAUUCCAGGUUGAAGCUGUUCCAAGGGAAAUUGAGGUCAAGAUGGUCUGGACCGUUCGUCAUUAACAAAGUACUUCCUCAUGGAGCAAUAGAGCUUAAAAAUGAGAAGAAUGACGACACCUUCAAAGUUAAUGAAGAGGUCAAGAUAUUCCGCACCUCCUACCAUGAAGAAAGAUAUGAUCAGAUCAAGAGUCGAAAUGUGGUUGAAGAGAAGCAUUGGAUGUAUCAAAAUGAAACAUUUCCAGAAGUCACUAAUCUUCUCAAAAAGCAGAAGUUAAUUUUUUUUAAUGAUAAAAUCCAAACUGUUGCGCUGGAUUUGAUUUGGGAAUUUUAUGCAAACGCGCAACGGGUGACCUCCGAUGAAGAAGACCCAACAGGGAAUGAAGCUUUCGUUACAUGGGUAAGAGGCAAGGUGAUUAAAUAUUCGAAAACUAUCAACAGUGUCUUGAAAUGUAAAUUCUAUGAUUCUGUUUGCCCUUUUGCUGAGUUGAAGUGUUCUGACAAAAACUACUGGCCAUACAAUGAUAUGAAAGAGUCACUGAUUAGGCCAGGUCAUGAUUGGGCACCUACUUCAAAAAUCUCUCCGGCGAAGAUUAUGGUUGUUGAUCUAGCUCCGAUUCCUAAGGCAUUGGCAUAUUUCAUUCAUCAUAAUUUGAGCACUAAUCGGAGCGGGUCAGAAUUGAUAUCAGAGCGUGCCCUACUUCUUCAUCAGAUCCUACAAAAGAAGCAGGUGAAUAUUGGACGAAUCAUCGCUGCUGAUAUGGAUGAGAUUGCUCAGUCGCCAAAGAAAUCAUUAGGCCAUGCGACUGUGAUUUACCUGCUGUGCAAGAAAGCUGGUGUUCCGGAUUUCUCUGAUUCACUUAUGUUGCGCCCGGCUGCACCGCUGAACGCCCACUGGAUGAAGGAGAGGACGGUCACAGAUGAUCCGCCCCGACCUCUGAGGCGACCACAUGACAGGGAGGGCAGCACCAGUGCUCCGCGCCAGGAGGCUCAGCCGACUGCUACAGAGACACAACCCCCUCAGCCUCCUCCGAUUGAUGAGAACUCUCGGGAGUACCGGAUGCAGAUGUCACAGUUUUGUGUUAUGCAGGACUUCUGUUUUCAGUAUGGACUGUCAGGGAGAGUUCUUACUCAUCAGACAGAUCUUUGGGAGGAGGCACAACGCUUUAGAGAUAGAUUCUCCGGACCGCCUCCAGCACCUCACUACGGACAGUUCACCUUUCCUUGGUGGAACCAGCCCGUUCAGAUAGGGGGAGAGAUUCCGCAUCAGCCACCGCAUCAGCCACCGCACCAGACACCACCUCAGCAGCAGCAUACUCCGUCGGGCCACACAGAGACGUUGACGCCUAUCUCUGCCUUCGCACGAGGGCACACUAUGUUGGAUCCGACAAAUGAGAUUGACUUUGAUACCCAUAUGCAGGACGGUGGACUGGGUGAUUGA